UGGAAUUUAUUCUAGAGGCUUGUUCUCUCUGUUUCCUCUUUUCCACAACAACGCAGAGAAAUUUCUACCGCCUCUUGAACCCUAAUCCCAAAUCACCAUAAAAAUCAUGUCAUUCAGCGAUCCAGAGAAGAACGACAGCCAAAAUCAUCGUCUUUACAAUCCAUACCAAGACUUACAAAUCCCUGUUCAAAAACUCUAUCAACUCCCCACGCAACCCGAAUUCCUUUUCCAUGAAGAAUCCCUUCGUCAACGCAGAUCUUGGGGUGAAAAUCUUACCUAUUACACCGGUUGUGGUUACUUAGCUGGAGCUUGUUCUGGUGCCGCUAAAGGAUUUGUCGACGCAACUCGUGCAUCUGAACAAGGGGAUACCCUCAAACUCCGUGUUAAUCGCGUCCUUAAUACCUCCGGUCUUGCGGGUCGUCAAUGGGGGAACCGUUGUGGUGUUGUUUGUCUUAUGUAUGCCGGUCUUGAAAGUGGGCUUUAUGCUGUAAGAGAUGCUGAUGAUAUUUUCAAUUCUCUAGCUGCUGGGCUUGCUACUGGAGCUCUCUAUAAGGCUGCUUCUGGACCUAGAGCUGCUGCUGUUGCUGGUGCUAUUGGUGGCCUUGUUGUUGGUUGUACUGUUGGAGCCAAACAUGCGCUUAAGAGAUACAUCCCCGUUUAAUUGUUUUUUAAUUGAAAUUGGAACUAUGCAAAUUUUGAGUCAAGCAAAUUGGGCUUUGUGGUAUGGUUAGUAUAUUGAUUUUGGUAGGAAUUUCUGGGCAUGAUUCUAAUUCAUGCUGCUACUUUUUUUUCCAGAUAUGUUUUGUUUGUAAUUCGUGUAACAGUUUCAGUGAGUCAAUAAUAUUACAAAAUGCUUGAAACUUUACACUUACAAUGUUGGCCUUAUGAGAUAAUAUCUUAUUGUUAUGAUA